GGGAGAAGACUGUUUGAAACAAGUCGAGGCUUUAUGGGAUUGGGACCAGCAGCCGCCCAGGUAGAUGACCAAGUUUGCCUUCUGCUAGGUGGACAAGUUCUCUACGUGUUGAGGGAUCGUGAGGAUAAUCACUAUGAGUUUGUCGGUGAGUGUUAUGUGCAUGGUAUGAUGGACGGUCAAGCUUGUGAGGACGAAUCAUACGCAAUUAGGGAUAUCGUA